ACGCGAGGUUGAUGUCAACGCUGCCACCCAGCGGUGUCACGUCUCACCGCAGAUGUUUUCUCGAUGGAGGAUAAUGGUAGAUUGACAUCGCUGGAUCAGAUUCAUGGUCGUGUUGUUGACAACAAACCCAUCCGAACAGGGACGAUCGCACGUCUCGCUCGUACAGUCGUGCACUGCGUUUACCAAUCAUGGGCAAAUUAAGUGUCACCAUCGUUCUCCGCUGGCCUCCUUCAAAGCACGUUCAGCAAUAGAAACCGACGAGCAGUCAUUACAAGCGUGGUAGACCAGCCGUAGUUCUCACUGGAAGACUGAUGGUGUGGGUGGGUGGGUAUUUUAAUAGUGCAGUGUGAAGUGACCAUUAUCGCCAUAUCACCACGGUCUUUGAAGGCAGCAUCGUGUCACGUGACCAGUGCACAGCUGAGUGAUGGUGGGUUAGGCUUGCCCGUUGCUAGCCUGUUCGCCCAUGUAGCCUCUUUAGCUGUGUCUAGUAACAGCCGUUUCCCUUCAGCCCCCAGCCAUGGGGAGGAUACAACGCAUGCGGCUGCCCUUCGUAUCCUCUCAUAUCAUCCGUUUUUGGUUCGAUGUCAAUGUCGUUAUUUGCAGCUAGGACUGUGUAUUUAGCUCCGCUAGCUUGUGUUGGGCGAUCGCAGGGCCACGGCCAAGGCCGAGCGGAGAAAAGACAGGCCGUCGGGCAUUUGCUGUGUGGGUGGACGGAGGAGGAGGAGGAGGAGGAGGUUGGGUUUUGGAUCAGAAUUUCGAACGCGCCUCCACUGUCAUCCUCUUCACCAUCAUCGUCCGCUUAGCCAUGUCUUCGUCAGGGUGCUGCCACCUACCUGGCUCCCUUUGUGAUUACUCUGGGAACGCAGAGUCUGAUACCUCCAAGGAUUCGGAGGAGUCUGAUUCUACCGGGCGGGCCCAGUACAUUGCCAAGGUGACGGCCAAAGAUGGGCGCCCGCUCUCCACUGUUGUCAAAGCAGUGAGCUUGCAGAGUGAUGUGGGCAUGUGUCGGAUUUGCCAUGAGGGGGCUGGAGGGGAGACGCUGCUCUCACCCUGCGACUGCACUGGUACGCUCGGUAAAGUGCACAAGAGCUGCUUGGAGAAGUGGCUGUCCUCCUCCAACACCAGCUACUGUGAACUCUGUCACACAGAAUUCACCAUUGAACGACGACCACAACCACUCACAAAGUGGCUUAAGGACCCAGGCCCUCGCAGUGAGAAGCGCACACUGCUGUGCGACAUGGCCUGUUUCCUUCUCAUCACACCCCUGGCAGCCAUCUCUGGCUGGCUGUGUCUGAGGGGAGCCCAGGACCACCUGCAACUGAAAAGCAGACUGGAGGCUGUCGGCCUUAUCGCCCUCACCAUUGCCCUCUUCACCAUCUACAUACUCUGGACACUGGUGUCAUUUCGGUAUCACUGUCAGUUGUACUCGGAGUGGAGGAGGACCAAUCAGAAAGUGCGCCUGCUCAUGCCUGACAUGAAAGGGGCGCACACCACUCAGCGCUCCGUGCCGACCAAGUCGACCAAGAAAAUGACUGAUGAGACCAUCGUAUGAGUGCGCAUCGGUGGCAAAAGGAAUAUUUAAAAUGACGCCCACUGAAGCACUACCUGAAAACAAGGUUAAUCGUGAUCAUAUUUUUUGCACUUCAUAAGGACCAUUUUGAGAGGAAAGAUGUACCUCGUCCUCCUGUUUUACUUUAUUGAAGCACUUGAUGUAAACUACUACGGUAUUGGCCAACCACACAUUUUUUGGGGGGGGAAGAUCUCGUUCCGGAGUCAUAGUAGAUGUUAAAACACAGGCUUGUCUCUGGUCACCCGGUGC